GGCUGCCUUCCUCCCUCCCUCCCGCUGGCGGAGGGAGACGCCAUUGCGGAGUUGUUUGUGAAGCAGCGGAGCAGGAGGAGGCGGCGGCAGCGGACGAGGAGUGAGCCGCCCUUGGUGCCGAGGCUGUUUGAGGCCGAGCGGGGAUUAUUUUACCACCGGGAAAAGGGGAGACCAUGUCCACUCCGGCCAGGCGGAGGCUCAUGCGGGACUUCAAGAGAUUACAAGAAGACCCACCUGUGGGGGUCAGUGGUGCACCAUCUGAAAACAAUAUAAUGCAAUGGAAUGCUGUUAUAUUUGGGCCGGAAGGCACUCCCUUUGAAGAUGGUACGUUUAAGCUAAUAAUAGAAUUUUCAGAAGAAUAUCCAAAUAAACCUCCAACUGUUAGGUUUUUAUCAAAAAUGUUUCAUCCCAAUGUAUAUGCAGAUGGUAGCAUAUGUUUAGAUAUCCUUCAGAAUCGCUGGAGUCCAACAUAUGAUGUCUCAUCUAUUUUAACCUCAAUUCAGUCACUGCUUGACGAACCUAAUCCAAAUAGUCCUGCCAAUAGUCAGGCUGCACAGCUUUAUCAAGAAAACAAACGUGAAUAUGAAAAAAGAGUUUCUGCUAUUGUUGAACAAAGUUGGAAUGAUUCAUAAGAAAUUGACUACUUCAUUAACCGGCAUCCUCAUAAUCAUCAUGUACAAUUUAACUUGCGAUAGGAAAUGCUCCUGGAACUUCUCAAGUGCCACGUUUGACUUGCAUACAGGUGUAUUUGCAAAAAUAAGCCCUUCAGUUUCAAAACUCUACAAGCUUGUGUACCUUGAUUAAUGUACUUUUUAUUGCAUGUUAUGACCUAAGUUAUUGCUACAUAAAUUUGUAAUAUAUCCUGUUUGUAUUUUUUUCAAAGUGUAUAAUGUUGGUGUGAAGUUUUCAUGACAGAAUAUACAUAUUUUGUAAAUCUGUACUUUUUUCAAAAUAUUGAAUGCCUUAUUUUUGAAUUCUUUAGAUUUUUAAAUUGGACAAAAAUCACUUAACAGAGUUUUAUAUAUAAAAUAUUUCAUGUAAAGCUGAAAUACAUAACCUCAGUGCAAGACA